AUGGCGCUUUAUACUCUGACUUUCUUCGCUUUCCUGAUCGCAAGCUCUGCAGGAAAAUGUGUUCCCAAUAAAGCAGAUGUGGUUAUUGUUCAUUGUUAUCCCAAAUCUAUUGUGGCGAAAAUCCCGGAGUGUCCGUACGGAUGGGAGAUCAGCCAGCUGGCUCUGGGCGGGGUGUGUUACAAUGGAGUCAUCGACAAUGGUUAUUAUCAGUUCACUAUUCCUGAUUUAUCUCCGAGGAACAAAUCCUACUGCGGGACACAAUCUGAUUUCAAGAACCCAAUCUACCAUUUUUACAACUCAAUAGUUUCCAAUGACAGCACCCUGAUCGUCAAAAGCCAGCCGGUGAAUUACACUUUUACCUGCACUUACCAGUCCAACUAUCUGGUCAGCCAUGCUGCCUUUGACCAAAGAGUAGCCACAGUCCAUGUGAAGAACGGGAGCUCGGGAUCAUUUGAAAGCACACUGUCCCUCAAUUUCUACUCUAACGCCAAGUUUUCCACCCAAAAAGAAGCUCCAUUUGUGGUGGAGACGUCAGAUAUCGGAUCGGAUGUGUUUGCGGGGGUUGAAGCCAAAGGAAUUAGCAGCAGGUUUAAGGUCGUACUGAACUAUUGCUGGGCCACCCCGUCUCCAGAUUACGCCUAUCACAUUCAAUGGCAACUAAUAAGUAAGGGUUGUGCAUCAGAUGAGUCGAUUAUUGUGCAUGAAAAUGGGAAGAACAGUCGGGCGACAUUCCAGUUCAGCGCCUUCCGCUUCCAGAACGUCCCCAAGUUAUCCAAGGUUUGGCUGCACUGCGAGACGUAUCUGUGCGACAGCGAGAAGUUCUCCUGCCCUGUGAUGUGCGGAAAACGGAGACAGCAAAAAGAGCAGACGGGAGGCGUCCUAGUGGCAGAAUUUAGACUUCAGAGUUCAGCCUCCUUCAUCUAUCCCGGUCUCGCAGUCAUCACCCACCAUCUGCUCCUGACAAUGGGGAUCUACAAAAUAUUCACCUAAAACGAAGCCGACCUCAGAGUGACCUACCAGGGCAUCCCCCGAAUGUCCAGCCACCCACACACCCUCAGGAAUACCACGGUCACCGACCGACCUCGGAACACCGGACACCGUACACGGCUUCAAGACAAAAGUCCUUCUAAACUACAGAUCAGUGAUGAACUUCAGAUACUU